AGAUGACUGUUUUCGGCUUAAGAGGUCAUGAAUCCCGUUGUUUCAACAACUUCCAGAAGUUGAUGGAAUGUCGCUCCAACAUUGACUACAAGGGCCCAUCGCACUGUUUGCCGCAAGAGGCCGAGUACGACGAGUGUCUUCACCGCCGUCACGAAAAGAGAAAGAAUCGCAGAGUGCGUCAGCAGGUUAGAAAGAUGGACGGUGCUGGUGAAGUCCACACCGUUGCUAGACAGGUCGGUUUAGGCUUAGUUGACAAGGACUAUACCUAUGAAGACUUUAAGAAGGACGGCGGGAAGUGGCCAAUGUGGCUUACUUCCACCGGUGUCAAGGAGCCAAAGCCAGUUGGCAAGGAGGCGCCAUGGUGGCAGUACACCCUUGGCUUGAAGAAGGCCACCAAGCCAGAAGACAAAUAGUCCACACCCCGAAGCUUACUUCACCCCCACA